AAAGAGAAAACAAGACAAGGCAGGAAGAAAUGGUGUGAUUCUUAAUAAAGAAAUUGUUAAUCAGAAAUGAAGCACUUCCAUUUUUUUAUGUACUUUGUCUGCAUACUGGCAAGUGUUCACAGCCUGGAUGAACGAACAAGAAAAAUGUCCCUUCUUCAAAGAGCCCAGAAAACUUGGCUUUUACCUCCCCUUAGACUCUCUUCUCCAGGUGCUCCCAAACCAGUUCAUCCUCCUAUAUACAUAAUAAGGCCUAAAAAAAAAUCUCCACCAACUCAAGAGGCAGCUCCUUCUGCUGCUGCAUCCCAGCCUGCAGCUGUUCCUUCACCCCCAAUAUUCAUAUUUCCUCCCAUCUCACAAAACAGAGCACAGCAACCAAAAAUUCCUCAAAAUUCUCCACAAAAUUUACAGCUAACACCUUCAAUCCAAAGUCAACCCAUUUUUAUUUUUCCCCCAAAACCUCCGGCACCAAGCAAACCUCCAGUUUUAUAUCCAUCAAAACUUGAUUCUUCACCUCCUGCAAACUUACCAGGUUCCCCAGUGUUAAUUUUUUCACCACCUACAAAAUCUUCGGCAUCAUCAACCCAAAGCUCAGCUAUAGGUCCAGCUAUACCCAGCAACCCUUUGCCAUCUCCUCCUCCUCCUCCUAUCUUCAUUUUCCCACCAGCUUCAUCUUCCUCUGAACGUUCAUCUUUUCCUGCCUCUAAACCAACUCAGCCAGCUGCAGUUCCUAUAGCUCCUGCCUCUUCACCACCUAUUUUCAUCUUUCCUCCUGCUCCCUCUCGUCGUUCAUCUCCUUCUGAUGUACAGACUAGUCAAGCACCACCAAGCCCAGCUUCUAAUGUUCCUUCCAGUCCUCAGCCAAUCUUCAUUUUUCCACCAGCACCCUCUUCUUCAGAAUAUUCAGCAUCUUCUAAGUCUAAAUCAGCUCAACCAAGUUAUCCUUCUGCACCUACACCUCCUGCCUCUUCACCACCUAUUUUCAUCUUUCCUCCUGCUCCCUCACGUCAUUUAUCUCCUCCUUCUGAUGUGCAGACUAGUCAAGCACCACCAAGCCCAGCUUUUAAUGUUCCUGCUAGUCCUCAGCCAAUCUUCAUUUUUCCACCAGCGCCCUCUUCUUCCAAAUAUUCAGCAUCUUCUAAGUCUAAAUCAGCUCAACCAAGUUAUCCUUCUGCACCUACACCUCCUGCCUCUUCACCACCUAUUUUCAUCUUUCCUCCUGCUCCCUCACGUCAUUCAUCUCUUCCUUCUGAUGUGCAGACUAGUCAAGCAGCACCAAGCCCAGCUUCUAAUGUUCCUGCCAGUCCUCAGCCAAUCCUCAUUUUUCCACCAGCAUCCUCUUCCUCAGAAUAUUCAACAUCUUCUAAGCCUAAAUCAGCUCAACCAAGUAUUCCUUCUGUAUCUACACCUCCUGCCUCUUCACCACCUAUUUUCAUCUUUCCUCCUGCUCCCUCUCGUCAUUCAUCUCCUCCUUCUGAUGUGCAGAGUAAUCAAGCACCUCCAAGCCAAGCUUCUAAUGUUCCUGCCAGUCCUCAGCCAGUCUUCAUUUUCCCACACCCAGCAUCUUCCUCAGAGCAUUCAGCAUCUUCUAAAUCUGAAUCAACUCAACCAAGUUAUCCUUCAGCCCCUAUAGCUUCUGCUUCUUCACAACCUAUUUUCAUCUUUCCUCCAGCAUCACCUCAUCCUUCUUCCUCUUCUUUUUUCACACAAACUGGACAAUCAGCACCAAGUAAAACUUCUACAUCUCCUGCAAAUCCUCCCCCUCCUGUCUUCAUUUUCCCAUCAGCUCCACCACAAGAUAAAAAAUCACCACCACUAUCUGUACCAUCUCCUGCACCUACUUCCCCAUCACCUUCUGCACCUCCUGUUGUUCCUCCAAUAUUCAUAUUCCCUCCAGCGUUACCAGGCCCUCAAGCACAGGGUCCUUCUUCUGCUUCAUUUGGUCUUUCUCCACCUUUACUUUCUUUACAGCCACCUGCACCAGCACCUCCAAUAUUUGUGUUUCCUCCUCGUGAUCCAGCUCCAGCCCCACUACCAUCUCCACCAGCUCCACCUCCUGUUUCACCAAUUUUUAUUUUUAAUCCUCCUAGUCCUGUAAUAUCUCCUGCUGUAGAUACACAGGCAAAAGCUGCUGUAGAUCCAACUUCACAGUCACCCGGCUCUUCAGUUCCACAAACUGUUCCUUCUCCUCCCACUCAAGUUCCUACUGCUCCAUCAAACAUACCUUCUGGACCACCACUGUCUCCCUCAGUUCCCCUCCACCCUGCUUCAACACCAUCAGCAUUUCCUUCAGACAGACCAUCUUCUCCAUCUGACCCAUUCAGCUCUCCACAAAUUCCAUCUGCAUUUCCAACGCCUCCAUCAGGUCCCUCUUUAUCACCUGCAGGCCCAUCACCUGUUCCCUCUAUUCCACCAAGUUUCCCUCCAAGUCACUCACCUACUUCUGGUCCACCGUAUUUCAUAAUUGUACCACCAAUUCAGUCACCUCCUUCCCCAACAGGACCAGUUGUCUCUGAGCCUUCUUUGCCAACUCGGCCAAUUUCACCAUCACCUUCUGCAUCCCCAAAUAUUUUUAUAUUCCAACAACCAUUCCCUUCCUUGGACUCUAAACCUUCAUCACCAGGUCCAUCACUUUAUCCUGGCCGUGAUCCUGCUGUUCCUGGAUCACCCUCUCCUUCUACAGGCCCAGGUGUCCCUAAUGGAAAGCCUUCCAUUCCUGAAGGCCCUGCACAACCUCCUCCAGGAUCUGAUCAUGUCAUCUCUCCACAACCAGCUCCAAUUCACCCUACGGCUGCAUCAUCCCCUACAAUAAUAUUUUUACCUGCACCAGCACCUCCACCACCACCUGCACCAUCUGUUAGUCCUGCACAGCCUCCUUCAAUAAUAGUAUUACCAUUAUUUCCACCAGCCCCAGGUGCCUUCCCAGCAGCUAGAAAUGGACAAGCUUCUCCUUCACCAUUAGGCCCAAAUGAAGCAACAAGUCCGGGACAAAUGCCAACCCAACCAUCCGGUCAAGGUCCAGGACUAAGUCCAGGUCAUAUGUCAACCUCAGUAUAUGGUCAGGGGCCAGGACAGACUGCAGUGCAAAUACCAACUGAACCGUCUGGUCCAGUACCAGGACAAGCUCCAAUACAAAUGCCAACCCAAACAUCUGUUCCAGUUCCAGGACAGGCGCCAGGACAACCUUCAUCUCCACCACCUGAAUUUCCUGCAUUACCUCCAAAAUCAAGUCCAUCAGUAACUGAACCAUCAGGAGCAAGUUCACCAGGAGUACCACCAGUGUUUAUAUUUUCAGAUAGUGGUCAGCCAGACGAAAUACCACCAGUUUUUAUUUUCUCUUCUGCUCCAAGUGCACCUCCUCCUCCACCACGUUCUCCUCCUGCUCCAAUUUUUAUAUUCACAGGGGCACCCGAGGCUCCCUCUGAAACACAAUUAGGUGGUGAACCAUGCAAUGAGGUUGCACCAAAUGCGCCAAUGGCUAAUGGGCAAAUUUAUAUUCUUCCUAACCCAAAUUUAUCUCCUGGUCCAGGAAGUAUAACUGGACCAUUUUUACCUCAGCCUCCCAUACAAGCCUCUCCACCACCUCCAGCACCACUACCGCCACCUCCAUUACCACCACCGCCACCACCAUUACAACCACCACCACCACCACCAGCACCUCCACCAGCACCAGCAGUUCCUCCUAUUCUUAUAUUCCCAGGGAUUUUUCUACCCAUUCCUGAAAAUGCACCAGAAGCUCAGCCUCUGUUGGAAUCCAAUGGACAACUGACAACUGUUCCUCCUCAUUACGAAAAGAUGUUCUAA